AUGACACUUUUUAAUUCAAUUUCAUCAAUUUCAAACUCUACUGGAAUCUCUAAACAAAGUUUAAUUGGGAAUGUUGAAGUGCUUCAUGGUUGUGGUGGAUUCGGUGGUGGUUGUGGUGGAUUCGGUGGUGGUUGUGGUGGAUUCGGUGGUGGUUGUGGUGGUAGUGGAUGUGGUGGUUCAAAUUUAAAUAUUAUAAAUGUUGAUAUUGAUAUUGGUCGUCGUCGUCGUAGAUGUUGUUAA